AGAAGCGUUGCCGUUUUUUGUAACGGGAUGAAUAAGGUUAUGUACAAUCCAGGACGUAUUCAACUGUUCAAUCUACUGAACGGAAUAUUAUGCGUUUAUAAAUCACCUGGGUUGAAUGUUGAAAAAUUAACCAGAAAUGUUAAAUGCUCAUUGGCAGAUGGUUUGUCACUUUAUAUAAAAUCAAUUGGUUUUUUCACUAAUAGCUUUUAAUUCACUUCCAGCUGAGAAACAGUCGAUCAGAACGACCAUUCAGACAUCCGGUGAUGUCAACUGUACUCUACCAAAAAUAAUUACAGAACCUGAUAUUGUUGAUAGCGAUCUUGUAUUGGGUAAACGUUUUCUUCCAGGAGAUAUUAUGUUAUAUCCUAUUGAUCCCCUUAGUGAUUUUAUGUCUGGUGUGCAAGUCUAUGGUAUUGGAGAAGAUGGUAUUUACAAUUAUGCUGAUAAGUUCGAACAAUCUUCUUGGCUUAAAACCUAUCACUUAACAUGCAUGAUGGGACGUGCAUCAACUGAUGGAACAGCCAAUAGUACAACAUUACUAAGAGCUUCAUGGAGACAUGUUCAAAAAUGCAAAAUAGAUCAGGUUCUUGUUGGACUACAAGCUCAAUUCAAUGCUUCUGGAUUAUUACAAGCAGGACUUCGUCCUAAUUCACAAAAUGCAUAUCUAGCACUGUGUGGUCGUAGAGCUGGCAGUGAUCUUCGUCCGGUAAAACCCACACACGGCGUAGAGGAUUAUGAAGGAGAGGAACAGUUACUUUCACCAUGGGAACGUCCAAUGCCAGAUGAAAAUCGAAAUCCCGAAACGCUACCUAAUCGUAAAUAUGAAUGGGAAGAAGAAAGAAGGCAAAUGGCACCUUAUGUAAAUGCGUUGUGUUGUGUGGAUUUUGAUCCUCCGUUUUUUACAAUUGAAAUUCAAGUUACACAUGAAACAUUAAAGUUUUUCACUGAUUUAGUUGCUAAUCUUGGUCCAAAAUUACGUACAGCUACUUUAUUAUCAAAAAUUAGACGAGUUAGACAUGGACCAAUCACAGCGGAAAAUUCAUUACUUAUGAAACAUUUACAUAAUAUACCUAUUGAAUUUUAUCAUGAAUUUAUUCAAUGUAUCAAUGAUAUAUUAAUACAAUAUAAAAAACAUGAUAAAAAUUUAUUUAUACCAUUAGAAAUGAAUUUUAUAGAAGAUUUAAACUUAUUAAAACUUUUAAUGAAUCGUACACAAGGUAAAUAUGGUUAUCAUGUAUUUGAGAAUUUAUUUCAAUGUAAUCAAUUAUAUUCAAUAGGUUUUGAAUAUACUAAACAAUAUAAAUAUCAUAUGGUUCCAAUAAAUUUUUAAUUAUUAUUUGUAUAUUCCUAUAAUGUGUACAUAAUAUUUCAAUAUAUUAAUUGUAUAUACAUUUCAUGUAUGAUAACUUUCUGUUUAUAAAAAUCAUCAUUUUUUUUUUGAAAAAUGUUUUGUAAACCUUUCUACGAAAUAAGAUUAUAUUAUGUUAGGUAAACUU